GAGUUCAGCUGUGUGUAUUUUUGAGUCUGAGUGUGAGUCCACCUGUGUGUGUGUCUGUGAGUGAGUGUGAGUCAAGAGUCCAGCUGUUUGUGUCGCUUAGUCUGUGAAUCAGUGUGUGUGUGUGAGUCUGUGAGUCCAGCUGUGUGUGUGUGUCUGUGUGUGAGUCCAGAGUCCAGCUGUGUUUGUGUCUGUGUGUGAGUCCAGAGUCCAGCUGUGUGUGUGUCUGUGUGUGAGUCCAGAGUCCAGCUGUGUGUGUGUCUGUGAGGCUCAACAUGGAGAAACAGAAGAAGAAGAUUCUUUGUGUUGGACUCGUUUGUCUCGACAUCAUCAAUGUGGUCGACAAAUACCCUGAAGAAGACACCGACAGCAGGUGUGUGUCGCAGCGCUGGCAGCGAGGCGGAAACGCUUCCAACACGUGCACAGUGCUGUCGCUGCUCGGAGCUUCCUGCAGCUUCCUGGGUUCGGUGGCUGCUGGAGGCGUGGCCAAUUUUAUUUUGGAGGAUUUCCAGAACCUCCACAUUGACGUGUCUCUGGUGCCGGAGCACGCUCAGUGUGUCCUCCCGGCCUCCGUGGUCAUCAGCAGCCUGGGGACAGGAAGUCGCACCAUCCUGCACAUGAACAGGAACCUUCCUGAUGUCACAGCAGCAGAUUUCUCCAAAGUGGACCUGGAUCAGUUCCAGUGGAUUCACUGGGAGGGUCGAAAUGCUGACGAGCAGGUGAAGAUGAUGAAGAGGGUGGAGAAGCACAACAGCACGUUACCACAGCACCAGAGGAUCACUGUGUCCGUAGAGAUAGAGAAGACCAGAGAGCCGCUAUACCAGCUGUUUCCUCUAGGGGACGUGGUGUUUGUCAGUAAAGACGUUGCUCAUCACUUUGGCUUCAAGUCGGCUGAAGCUGCUGUGAGAGGAUUCUACAGUCGAGUCAAACCAGGGGCUGUCCUAGUCUGUGCCUGGGCAGAAAAAGGAGCAGCUGCUCUGGGUCCUGAUGAUGUCGUCCUUCACUCUGAUUCGUUCCCUCCUGAAGCUCUGGUGGAUACGCUCGGAGCUGGAGACACGUUCAACGCUGCCGUCAUCUUCACGCUGUCCAGAGGGGGCAGUGUUCAGGACGCUCUGACCUUCGGCUGCAGAGUGGCUGGCAGGAAGUGUGGUUUCCAUGGUUACGACGGCAUCUGUGAACAUUUCAAAGACGAUGAAAAUUUUAAAGCUGAAUAAAUAAUAAAUAAACAUCAGUUAAUUCAUCAGAACCAGUUGUUUACAUAGCUGAUCUAUAAGUUGAUCAUUAACAGAACUAUUAGUUCAUAUUAGAUGUUAGUGAUUUAUUGAUCAUAUUCAUUGACAUUUCCACUGAUAUUAUUUUAUAUGAACCAAUAACACGCUGUUGAUUGAAUGACAGUUAUGUGUGAAAUGAAUGUUCGUCACUUGGUGGCGCUGUGACUCUAAAUAAUGUAAAAUUAGUUUGCUGUUGUAUUUCUUCUAACGAGAAUAAAACUGGACAAACUGAUCAA